AUGGCCGCUGCCAUCACCAGCUGGGUGCUUAACCCAAUCCAGUCUUUGACAAUGUCUCGACCAUGUACUCGCAAAUUAUGGUGCGCUGUCCCCAGCAAUCUCAGAGAGCCAUUCUCUGUUGUGUGUUUUCCAGACCAGGACGAUAUUGAGACACUCAAGAAGAAGAUUUGGGACCAUGCACCAGCACAUGUCAAGAAAAAUACAGCUGACUAUGGUGGUUUCACCCUCUACAACCCUGUGGUACAACUCAAUCAUGAAGAGCAGUUCAAUAUCGAUGAUGGUGAAUUCCUACAUCCACGCCGAAUGAUCACGUCCAACCCACUCUUCCCCGAAAGCAAGGAUCCAGAUGUGGAUAUUGUUGUUGUUGUGAGCGGAGAUACCACUACACGGAAACGGAAGCGCUCUGAAUCACAAAGUGCGAAUGUACCUCGGACACAACCCAUCACAAAGGAUCCACAUGUAUGUCCUCGAGAGCGUACGGUGUCAAGACUCGCGGCCAUUUUGGAUGAAGUGAAUGUAGUCCAUGUGCGUGGAACUCCAGCCAGUGGGAAAACAUAUCUCUCUGAACUUCUGAGGGAUCACUAUUACAAAGCGGGAAGAAAGGCUUUCUUGAUCAAGAAAUGGGAAGAUCUUGAUUCUGAGGAUCCUUGGGGCAGUCUUAUUGAGCUUGUCAAGAAAAGGAAUAAAGUACUAAAAGAUGACCCCACCACUACUUUCAAUGUGACUUCAUCACAAUGGAAACAGGACCUCUCUUGGAUUUUGACAUCAAACACUGUGAUCCUUGUGGAUGAGGCACAAGGGACCUACCAUGAUGAUGUGCUCUGGAACACAAUCCUCAAAAAAAGACAGUCAUCUUUUCUUGGUUAUAAUUUUCGACUAUGUCUUUUCUGCUCUUACGGCAGUCCAGAAGCAGGCCCAGAUCAAACAUUCUUUACUCCAGUCAGGCUUUCUAACCAACAAUGCAUCUCAUUGACGCCGCAAAGCCAGCAAGACUCACCACCUAUUGGUUUAUUUUAUGACAAAGAAGAGUUCAAGGAUGCUGUUGCACGAUCAAUUCCAAAUGAACAUCAAGAAAAGUUCACUUAUGAUGAAGGUGCUCAGGACUACAUAUUUGCAUUAUCAAAUGGCCAUCCAGGAGCAGUUGAAUCCAUACUCAGCGCACUCUUCCAGGUAUGUACCAAAUAUGAAUUUGGAUGA